AUGUCCGACCCUAAGAUUCAAGAGCUUCUUACCAAGCCGCGCUCAGAGCUAACUGAGUACGAGAUCGCGCAGCGCGAAGAGCACGAGUUCUCCGCCGGACCACUGUCCAUCCUCCAGUCCGCCGUCCGCUCGCACAACCAGGUCCUGAUCUCGAUCCGAAACAACCGCAAGCUGCUCGCUCGCGUCAAGGCGUUCGAUCGCCACUGCAACAUGGUCCUCGAGAAUGUAAAGGAGAUGUGGACAGAAACACCACGACUGGCAGAUGGGAAGAAGGGGCGACCGGUGAACAAGGACCGAUUCAUUAGCAAGAUGUUUCUGAGAGGCGAUAGUGUUAUCCUGGUGCUUCUGAGCUAG